AUGAAUUUGAAACCUCAUAAAAUAGGAUAAAAUGAUGAAUUUGAACUUUAGAAUACUUCUAAAGAAGAUAGCCAUAUUACAAUUUCAUCAUUAAAAGAAUAACAACUUUUUCAUUUGAAUGCAAUUCCAAAAAAAGUACUUAUAAUUUAAAUGAGAUUAUUGCCAUAACAAUUAUGCUUACUAUCUUAGGUAUAACCUUCUUGAUUAUUGGAUUAUUGUUAUUGAUUAAAUAACCAUCAAAUUAUGAUCAAUAUUUACCAUUAUUGUUCAUAGGGAUUCUAAUGACCAUACCAGGCAUUUACUAUAGUUAUAAAAUAAUUUAAUUUGCUUAUUCAAGAUCAAGAUAAGAACAAGAAUAAAUAAUUUAAGAAUUACCAAUUGAUUACUGA